GCUACUCACAACAUUUACCAUAUUAAGAUGGACAUUCAUGAUUACUACAAUCACCAAUACUUCCUCUUCCUCUUCCUCUUCCUCUUCCUCCUCCUCCUCGUCUACCUCUUCCGCCUAGCCGACAGGCGAGGGAAGAAACCGUGUGAGCCGACCAACUGGCCGGUCCUCGGCAUGCUCCCCGCCAUCAUCCUCAACCUCCACCGCGCCCACGACUACCUCACUCAGAUCCUUAACGACUGCGGCGGCACCUACUUGUUUAAGGGGCCUUCGCUGUGCAACAUCGACAUGCUCUUCACCUCCGACCCCGCCAACAUCCACCACGUUUUGAGUAGAAACUUCUCCAAUUAUCCAAAGGGCCCCGAGUUCCGCAUCAUCUUCGACAUCCUCGGCGACGGCAUCUUCAGCGCCGACUUCGAGCUCUGGGAGAUUCACCGCAAAACCACGCUGGCCCUGCUCACGCACGCCGGCUUCAACGCCCGCCUCGAGAGCACCGUCUGGGGCAAGGUGGAGACCGGCCUUUUCCCUGUUCUUGAUCACUUCUGCGGUGGAAUGGGGUUGGAUUUGGAUUUGCAGGAUGUUUUCCAGCGAUUCACUUUCGAUAACAUUUGCAAGCUUGUGCUGGAUCACGAUCCCUGCAGCUUGCGCGUCGACAUGCCUUACCUCCCCUGCGAGAAGGCCUUCAGUGACGUGGCGGAGCCGCUGCUGCACCGCCACGUCACCCCGCGGGGCGUGUGGAAGCUUCUGAGACUGCUGAACGUCGGCUCCGAAAGGAAGCUUUUGAAAUGUUCCAGAGCUUUUACUGAGUUCAUCUACCCGCACUUGAACAGCGGCGGCGGCGGCGCGUCUAUGCUGAGAGCGUUCGAGCGUGUUUACAGAGAGGAGGAGAUGGGGUCCACGGAUGGGCUGAGGGACUUCCUGAAGGACACCUCGCUGAACCUGAUGUUCGCAGGGAGGGACACGACGAGCACGUGCCUCACGUGGCUGUUCUGGCUCAUCGCGCAGAAUCCGGUUUCCGAGAGGAAGAUUCUAGAAGAAAUAGAGGACGAGUUUGGUAAGAAGUGUUUCACCACGCAGGACUCGCAGAAGCUGGUGUACCUGCACGGAGCGCUCUGCGAGUCGCUGAGGCUGUUUCCGCCGGUGGCGCUGGAGCACAAGGCGCCCGUGUCGCCUGACGUUCUACCGAGCGGGCAUUACCUCCCGCGCAACGGGAAGCUCAUCAUAUCGUUUUAUUCGGUGGGGAGAAUGGAGAGUGUUUGGGGGCAGGACUGCUUGGAAUUCAAGCCGGAGAGGUGGAUCACGAGGAAAGGAGGGGUGAGGCACGAGGCGUCUUACAAGUUUCCGGCGUUCAACGCGGGGCCAAGGACGUGCCUGGGGAAGGAGAUGGCGUUCGUACAGAUGAAGAUGGUGGCGGCGGCUAUUAUUUACCAUUACCAUGUUGAACUAGUUGAGGGACAUCCAGUUGUUCCUCGCGACUCCAUCAUACUUCAAGCCAAGCACGGACUCAAGGUGACCUUGUCUAAAAGAAAUUCAUAGUAAUUACUUAUACUACUCGUAAUCAGCAGUAGCACUUUGUUAUCUUAAUCUAAGUGUGACACCAUGUUUAACUCCUCCAAAGUUUGGUUUUAGACAGCCACCUUAAUCGUGAUUGCAUGUACAUAAGUCUGCCU